AUGAAAGAAGAACGAGAUCGCUUAGAAAGGCAGAGAAUAACUGAAGAAGGAGAAGAAGCUGUGAAACAGAUGGCUACUUUAGUAGAGGCGGGCCCUUCUUCUGCGAUAAACACCGGAUUUCGUAUCCAUGCUCCUGAAGAACAUGUGACAGGCGAAGAUCGUUCCGAUGAUGGUAGCUACCGUAACGAUAACGAUAAUACUAAGAUUGUAUGGGCCGCACUGAUGGCUAUAAAUAGCGGGCAAACCGAAGCCACUGAUGCUCCAGAAGCUGAAGUCAUCCACUUCACCGCUCCUCCACCAACACCAACAUCUCCGGCUACUGAAUGGGUGACAAGUCCCCACUCAUGGCGUCCACCGGCAGACGUUCAAACGAAUAAUUUGGAAUGGACGCAGAAUGAGGAUGCUAGUUUCAAAGCAGAGCACAUUGUAAUUCCACGUCUGCCGUCCGACGCCGAAUAUAUUCAGUGGAAGGGCAAUAAAGAAGUACAACAGAACGUGGCACGACCACCACAUGAACAGUUGGUGACACAGGGAAUGCAAUGGCCAGCAACAGCAAAACCGAUUUCCCGAAUUAUUGAGGAAUUUCCACAAGAUUUACUGCCUACAUUCAUAGGUAGCACACUACCUCCUAAUUAUCAUGAAACAAAUGAGGUAUGGAGUAAGACAUUCAUUUUGCAGUGUGUAUGAAU